GGGGAGAGAGGCCUUUACUUAACACUGGAAGCCGUAGCGAGUGGCCAGAGCUGGUCCAGUCACGGCGAGCUGAGCAACUGAGGACCCUUGUCUUACUACAGCGGCACAGCGUUGAUGCAGGGCGUGAACAUGGCGAGCAAGAUGGUGGCGAUGGUGGUGGUGGUGGUGGCGUGCUUGGCGGUGCAAGUGAGGGCGUGGGGCUCCUAUUCCUGCAACCUCAAGCCGGAGGACAAACAGAACAUCGCCAACGCCACACUUCAGUCGGCGCAGCAGGUGAACGCGUCGCUGGCCAGCUUAGAGGAGAAGGUGGAUACUAUCUUGGCCCUAUUGCAGCCUCCCGGCCCCCCACAGGCCCCCUGGCUGCCUCCCCCACACCCCAAAGGCACCGCUGAGCAUGGCCCGUCUGGGAAGAGGGAGCGCAGAGAGAGGAGGAACGCAGCAGGGAGGAAGUCACCACAGCACAAAAUGACAUUGAAGAGGAUAAUGACAGAGACAACGUGACAGAAAACCCCAGGGAUGAUGAG